AUGGAAGGGCAAGACUCUGCAGCACCGCGAACGCCAUUUUCUUUAGCCUCAACAGUCACAUUGGAUGAUGUCCCAGAGGUUGAGAAAAGAGACAUGCCGCUAGAUUCAGCAAGCGACGUCCUAUCGCAGAAGGACCUUGAGAGUGAAGGAACCCCUGAUGUACCAGUACCGAUGAAAUCGCUAGUCGACGUCAACAACUCCCUGGUUGACUUCGAUGGACCAGACGAUCCAGAAAACCCCAAGAACUGGUCAAAGGCUAAGCGGUGGGGGAUUACUGCUUCGAUGGGUUUGAUGACAUUUGUGGUUACGUUUGCGAGCAGUAUCUAUGCUGUUGCGAUUGAACCUGUUGCGAGAGAGUACCAUAUUGGCUACGUCCCCUCGACUCUUGGGGUUUCGUUGUUUUUGCUCGGGUUUGUCCUAGGGCCCGUGUUCUUCGGACCAGCGUCAGAAGUCUUUGGUCGACGCGUCCCACUCUUUGCCGGUUACCUCAUCUUCGCCAUCUUCCAAAUACCAGUUGCGGUUGCUCAGAACGUUGAGACUAUCAUGCUCGGUCGCUUCUUCGGAGGAUUCGCUGCUUGCGCACCAUUGGCUGUUGUAGGAGGAGCUAUGGCCGAUAUCUGGGGACCUCUUGAGCGGGCUUAUGGGAUCUGCGUUUUUGCAGCUGCAGCUUUCACCGGACCUGUGGCUGGGCCGAUUAUGGGCGGGUUUAUUACUCAGUCUCAUCUUGGCUGGCGCUGGACUGCCUGGAUCACCCUGAUCAUGGCAGCGCUCUUCGGAUGCAUUGGACUUGCCGUCAUCCCCGAGACCUCGGCGGCCAGGAUCCUGCAAAUCAAAGCCAAGCGACUCCGAUACGAGACCAAAAACUGGGCCUUACAUGCGAAGGCAGACGAAAGCCGGGUUGACUUCGAGACCAUCACGCGCAUUUAUCUCGUCCGCCCAUUUGUCAUGGUCGUACAAGAGCCAAUUCUGGCCCUGAUCACGGUCUACAUGAGUUUCAUCUACGGCAUCAUCUACCUUUUAUUUGAAGCAUAUCCAAUUUCGUUCCAAGAGGAGCGCGGCUGGAACGCUGGAGUCGGAUCACUUCCAUUUGCGGCUUUUAUUGUUGGCAUCGCCAUGGGAACCGGAGUCAUUGCUUGGUCUACUCGAACCAACUUUGCGAGAGCUUUCAAGAAGCACGGCAAGGUGGUACCUGAGGAACGAUUACCUCCCAUGAUCGUCGGAGCCGCCGUCCUCCCCAUCGGCCUUUUCAUCUUCGCCUGGACGUCCAAUCCACACAUUACUUGGGUGCCUCAGGUGCUCGCCACGGCUCUGCUUGGAAUGGGAUGUCUAAUAACGUUCUGGCAAGGGAUCAAUUAUAUCAUUGAUUGUUACGGCUUUUACUCCAACAGCGCCAUCGCAAUCAACACUUUCAUUCGAUCAAUUGCCGGUGCCGGCUUCCCGCUGUUUGCACCAGCUAUGUACCACAACCUCGGCGUAGCGUGGGCAACGUCACUUCUGGGAUUUCUCUGCCUAGUUUUCUUCCCCGUACCUGUUCUUUUUUACAAGUAUGGGUCGAGGAUCAGGGAGAGGUCCAGAUUUACACCCACCGCGUGA